AGCGUUACUUGGUGGUGUGUUGUCAACCGGAGGCUCUGCUUACUGUUGCUGCAAUUACAAUUCCUGCCUUGGAUGUGGACUAUGUGUCCAGUUUAGCAAUUUACAAACAACUGAGUGAAAGUGAUCUGGUGAGGGGGGACAAUUGAAAGGAGAAUGUGUCACGUCCUGAGGCCCACUGGUAGUCAACCCCUCCCAGGAGCCAGGAGACCAGCCCAGACCCCCCUCCUCUAGCUGGGAUACCUCUGACCCCACCUUUGACCUUUGACCUCACCCCAGCUGCCUUUUAACUUCAUGAAGAACUCUGACGUUGGUGAUGUGAUGAAUAAAUUUGAAGUCCUUGGGAUCGUAGGUGAAGGUGCCUAUGGAGUGGUCCUGAAGUGCAGACACAAGGAGACCAAUGAGAUUGUGGCCAUUAAGAAGUUCAAGGACAGUGAAGAGAAUGAGGAGGUUAAGGAGACCACACUCCGGGAGCUGAAGAUGCUCCGAACCCUGAAGCAGGAGAAUAUCGUGGAACUGAAGGAAGCUUUCCGCAGGAGGGGGAAACUCUACCUGGUGUUUGAGUAUGUAGAGAAGAACAUGCUGGAGCUGCUGGAGGAGCUUCCCAACGGAGUCCCGUCUGAUAAAGUCAGGAACUACAUCUACCAGCUGAUCAAAGCUAUCCACUGGUGUCAUCAGAACGACAUUGUCCACCGGGAUAUAAAACCAGAGAACCUUCUAAUCAGUUCUGAUGACGUCCUCAAGCUAUGUGACUUCGGCUUCGCCCGCAAUCUCUCAGAGGGAAAUGAUGCCAACUACACAGAGUACGUGGCCACUAGAUGGUACCGCUCUCCAGAACUACUCCUGGGUGCUCCGUAUGGUAAGUCAGUUGACAUGUGGUCAGUAGGCUGUAUCCUGGGGGAGCUGAGUGAUGGCCAGCCAUUGUUCCCAGGAGAGAGUGAGAUAGAUCAGCUCUUCACCAUCCAGAAGGUCCUGGGACCACUGCCUACUGAACAGAUGAAACUCUUCUACAAUAACCCUCGAUUCCACGGGCUGCGGUUCCCAGCAGUGAACCACCCCACCACCCUGGAGAGAAAGUACCUGGGGUUCAUCAGUGGAGCCCUGCUGGACCUAAUGAAGAAGCUGCUGUUGUUGAGUCCUACAGAGCGGUUUCUAACGGAGCAGAGUUUGAAUCACCAUGCCUUCCAGACACCGCGACUGGUGGAGCGACCUGGACCUCCUACACCCACACCAGUCCGCUCCUCUAAGAGGAAGCCUCAUCACACGGACAACAGCGCCCCCACCAGGAGUCAUGGUGUUAAAGGUUCGGACCACCACCGCUCAGCUAGUAGAGACUGUUCCAGCCUGCCCCGUCACGAAGACCUCCACCCUAGCAACGACAGCUUCCUGAAUGGCAACAGCCUGAGCCCCACCCUCCACCCCAAGACCUACGCCCCGCCCCCCCAGCUUCUGAAUCGCUCAGCCUCCUGCUCCAAGGACCUAGCCAACAACAACCUGCCCCACCUCCUCAGCCCCAAAGAGACCAAGAACAAAGACUUUGACUUCACCUCCGGAGCCAAGGCCUCAGAUGGGCCGGGAGCCAAGUACCUCAAGUCCAACAGCCGCUCUCAGCAGAACCGCCAUAGCUUCGUAGAGGGAAAGACCAGCACCUUGAUGUCUGGAGACAAACAUAGAGCCAGAGACCGAGACCGCCACAGCUACAUGGGGGAGCAUGGGUCCUCUAAGUCUGCAGGAGGGUUAGGGUUAGCAGGAGGCUCCUAUAUAAACCUGUCUAAGAGCCACGGGGCCCUCAACGACGCCAAGUCAGUAGGGAACCUUAGCGACCCACGUAUCCAUGGUGACGAACCUCCAUCACGCUACUUCCCUACUUCCUGUCUGGACCUCAACGCUCCUGGCAGCCCGGCGACCGGUCAUCAUCGUCACAGUCCUGCUAGCCGGCGCUCGGAGAGAGAGAGCAAUACGCUAGACUCCUCCUCCCGACGCACCUCCUCACGACACAAGAGCUCUGAGGAGGCCAAGUCCCCUGAGGGAGGAGACCCGGGAGGAGGAGGUGGAAGCCAUGGUCACUCCCUGUCCGCCACUCAUGAGGCCUUCUCCUACGGCCUGGGCUACACAUCCCCCUUCUCCUCCCAGCAUAGACCUCACCGCCACUCCAUGUACGUGCGGCGGGAGCGUCAGAGGACCCACGGGGGGGCCAGUGAGGGGGGGCUGGCGGUGGGACAGGGGAUGUCCACCAGAGCCUCCAGCCUCCAGCUCCUCUCCCCCCAGCUGCAGCACCGCACCCUGCCCAGGCACUCUGGUGGAUCUUCUACAGAGGACAUCACCAGGGUCGGGAUGUUCCAUGAGCAGCACCCAGAGGACGGAGUCUCUUCUAAAGAAAACCGCAUCAUCUACAGUGAGUCCAUGCCCAGGAGGGUUGGCAGCUUCUAUAGAGUGCCGUCCCCGCGGCCAGAUAACGGAGGUCAGGGCAGCAGGGGGACAGGAGGGGGGGCAGUGGACGGAAGCACCUUGCCCAACCAUCCCAAACGCCAGCCGGCCUUUGACCCCCGGAUGCGCCCAGAGAUGGUGGUGAUGAACCAAUCAGAGCCGACCAAAGAAAAGGAGAAGCAGGGCUUCUUCAGAGCAAUAAAGAAGAAGAAGAAGAAGAAGUCCCAAACGGUCCCAGGUGACGGGGCGGAUCACAUGGCCGCCCAGAAGUCCACCCGGUCAUCGGGUCAUCAGAGCAGCCGCCACCGGAACCAGGAGCGGGACCAAUCACGGGAGAGAGACAGAGACCAAUCACGGGAAAGAAACUGGCCGUCAGAAAAAAUGUCUGAUGCACACUGUCAGAGCCAGCCUCUCAAGUCUCUACGGAAGCUUCUUCACCUCUCCUCCUCCUCCAAUCAAACGGCCCCGUCUGAUAUCCGCUUCCAGCCCCAGCCCAACUCCACCUCGGCUAAAGCGGGUUUCAGUGAGGGUCCCAGUCGGAGCCACGCAGGCUCCAGCACCCCCCUGCUGAAGAGCAGGCAGGCCGCCUACCCCCUCCCUGGUCAGAUGGAGUCCAGCUGGCACACCUCGGCCCUGGGCAGAGCUGAGGGAAACCCUUACCCCGAGCAACAUGGAGGGAGGGAAGGCAAGGGGGGCCAGAACGGACAUGGGUUCGGACGGCCCUCACGCUCACGCAUUCCAAAUCUCAAUGACCUGAAAGAGACUGCUCUGUAGAGAGCUACUUUAACCAUGACACCUGACCCCAGACCUCUCUCUGCUGCCCAGACCAGUCGGCUUCAUUGUUUCUUUUUUAAAGCUUCCAUAUUUGAUAGAAUUUGUAAUAUUACCUAUGUCAUUCUGAUUAUUAUAAUAUUUGUCAGUUAAUAAUUGCAAAUCAAUCAUAUAUGUAAAUGCUAUUUAAGAUUUAAAGUGUACUUGUUAGAGUCUGCUUGCACACAAUUGAAAUAUGACAUUUUAUUUCACAGUAUUUGCAUUAUAUUUCCUUAAGAAUAUAUGAAGUUUAAAUUAAGAGUUUUUUGAUUGUUACAAUGUAGACCCUUCCUUCCCAUCAGUCAGUCUGUGCUGUGUAUUCAGUCUGUCUCUUGAUGUCCCCUGCCAGACUGGUGGAAGACGCUCUAUAGAGGGUUAAAGCUUUAGCAUUUAGGACAAUGUUACGGCAAUGCGUUGUCCAUCUCCAAACAGAUCAGAUUUUAUAUACAUUGCUGUAGUCAGUGAACCAAUGUUCUGUGUUGACAAUCAAGAGAAUCUUGUGUUUGAUGUCAUUUGAUAGGAGAGGGCUAGUCUCAGGAGAAAUCCCAAGUUUUUGAUACAAUACUUUGUAAGUUAAAGUAAAUGGCUUCAUUCCAACAUGGUACAGAGUCCCUUACACUACAGCCCCCCCUACUGGUGACCUGUGGUACCAUUUCACCUGUAAUACUUCACCUUAAUAGCUAUGUUUUCAUACACUAUUUUUUUUGGCUGAGAUUUAGAGCAUUUGCAUAGAAAAUAGAUGCGACAAUUGCCUGCUAUGGUGAGUUUCCAUUUAAUUAUCCUGUGUCGACACAUAUACAAUAGAUGUGGCAGUUGCCUGCUAUGGUGAGUUUCCAUUUAAUUAUCCUGUGUCGACACAUAGACAAUAGAUGUGGCAGUUGCCUGCUAUGGUGAGUUUCCAUUUAAUUAUCCUGUGUCGACACAUAUACAAUAGAUGUGGCAGUUGCCUGCUAUGGUGAGUUUCCAUUUAAUUAUCCUGUGUCGACACAUAUACAAUAGAUGUGGCAGUUGCCUGCUAUGGUGAGUUUCCAUUUAAUUAUCCUGUGUCGACACAUAUACAAUAGAUGUGGCAGUUGCCUGCUAUGGUGAGUUUCCAUUUAAUUAUCCUGUGUCGACACAUAGACAAUAGAUGUGGCAGUUGCCUGCUAUGGUGAGUUUCCAUUUAAUUGUCCUGUGUCGACACAUAUACAAUAGAUGUGGCAGUUGCCUGCUAUGGUGAGUUUCCAUUUAAUUAUCCUGUGUCGACACAUAGAAAAUAGAUGUGGCAGUUGCCUGCUAUGGUGAGUUUCCAUCUUGUGUCGAUAAAAACAGCUGGACGUAAUGACUUCACAUAAAAUAGAAGUGGUUGAAUUGUUUCCAUUACCGUUUAGGCAAAUUGCGCAUUAAUAAAUUGGUGACAGCCUGUAUGCCCUCCCACCAAUCUUUUCAUGUCUCAGGUAGCCCGUGAAAGCCUGCAUGGAUAGAAUGCAAUAAUUGACUAAUAUAUGCCAUAUUCUAAUUAUUCAAAUGUGCCAGUGUAUUGCCACGGUCCGCGCCAUGGUGAAACUUACACUCCUGUAGGUCUGUAAUAAAUGGAUGGUGAAACUUGCCAGCCAACCAGAAAAGCAAGACGAAGCAAUUCAGGACAAUCCUUGUCCUGCAAAGAAACAUUAUUUUUAUAGUUGAAAAAUGGAUUUAGCAAGUAGUAGGCGUUUAGAAUUAACUGUGGAGUGGAGCUUUAGUUUCAAUUUUUUUUAUGUCACGUGCACAAGUACAGUGAAAUGCCUUUCCUGCAAGCUCUAACCUCAACAAUGCAGUAAUUGAUAUCAAUGUAAUACUAAAAAUAACAAGGUAGAACAAAAACACAAUAAAUAGAAGUAAGAAGAACAUGAUAAAGUAAGUAAGCUAUAUACAGGGUCAGUUCCAAUACCAUCUUUACAAUGUGCAGGGAUACUGGAGUGAUAGAGGUAGAUACAGUUGAAGUCAGAAGUUUACAGACACUUAGGUUGGAGUCAUUAAAACUCGUUGUUCAACCAGUCCACAAAUGUCUUGUUAACAAACUAUACUGUUGCCAAGUCAGUUAGGACAUCUAUUUUGUGCAUGACACAAGUAAUUCUUCCAACAAUUGUUUACAGACAGAUUAUUUCACUUAUAAUUCACUGUAUCACAAUUCCAGUGGGUCAGAAGUUUACAUACACUAAGUUGACUGUGCCUUUAAACAGCUUGGAAAAUUACAGAAAAUAAUGUCAUGGCUUUAGAAGCUUCUGAUAGGCUAAUUGACAUCAUUUGAGUCAAUUGGAGGUGUACCUGUGGAUGUAUUUCAAGGCCUACCUUCAAACUCAGUGCCUCUUUGCUUGACAUCAUGGGAAUAUCAAAAUAAAUCAGCCAAGACCUCAGAAAAACAAUUGUAGACCUCCACAAGUCUGGUUCAUCCUUGGGAGCAAUUUCCAAAUGCCUGAAGGUACCACGUUCAUCUGUACAAACAAUAGUACGCAAGUAUAAACACCAUGGGACCAUGCAGCCGUCAUCAUGUCGCCAGCAGCAUACCACUACUGGCUUGCUUCUGAAGCUAAGCAGGGUUGGUCCUGGUCAGGCCCUGGAUGGGAGACCAGUUGCUGCUGGAAGUGGUGUUGGAGGGCCAGUAGGAGGCACUCUUUCCUCUGGUCUAAAAAAUAUCCCAAUGCCCCAGGGCAGUGAUUGGGGACACUGCCCUGUGUAGGGUGGCGUCUUUCGGAUGGGACGUUAAACGGGUGUCCUGACUCUCUGAGGUCAUUAAAGAUCCCAUGGCACUUAUCGUAAGAGUAGGGGUGUUAACCCCGGUGUCCUGGCUAAAUUCCCAAUCUGGCCCUCAAACCAUCAUGGUCACCUAAUAAUCCCCAGUUUACAAUUGGCUCAUUCAUCCCUCUCCUCUCCCCUGUAACUAUUCCCUAGGUCGUUGCUGCAAAUGAGAACGUGUUCUCAGUCAACUUACCUGGUAAAAUAACGGUAAAAUAAAUAAAAAUACCGCCCAGGAAGGAGACGCGUUCUGUCUCCUAGAGAUUAACGUACUUUGGUGAGAAAAGUGCAAAUCAAUCCCAGAACAACAGCAAAGGACCUUGUGAAGAUGCUGGAGGAAACAGGUACCAAAGUAUCUAUAUCCACAGUAAAACGAGUCCUAUAUCGACAUAACCUGAAAGGUCGCUCAGCAAGGAAGAAGCCACUGCUCCACAACCACCAUAAAAAAGCCAGACUGGUUUGCAACUGCACAUGGGGACAAAGAUCGUACUUUUUGGAGAAAUGUCCUCUGGUCUGAUGAAACGAAAAUAGAACUGUUUGGCCAUAAUGACCAUCGUUAUGUUUGGGAGGGAGAUGCUUGCAAGCUGAAGAACACCAUCCCAGCCGUGAAGCACGGGGGUGGCAGCAUCAUGUUGUGGGGGUGCUUUGCUGCAGGAGGGACUGGUGCACUUCACAAAAUAGAUGGCAUCAUGAGGCGGUUAAAUUAUGUGGAUAUAUUGAAGCAACAUCUGAAGACAUCAGUCAGGAAGUUAAAGCUUGGUCGCAAAUGGGUCUUCCAAAUGGACAAUGACCCCAAGCAUUUUUAUUUAUUUUUUAUUUUAUUUAUUUUUUACCUUUAUUUAACUAGGCAAGUCAGUUAAGAACAAAUUCUUAUUUUCAAUGACGGCCUAGGAACAGUGGGUUAACUGCCUGUUCAGGGGCAGAACGACAGAUUUGUACCUUGUCAGCUCGGGGAUUUGAACUUGCAACCUUCCGGUUACUAGUCCAACGCUCUAACCACUAGGCUACCCUGCCGCAUACUUCCAAAGUUGUGGCAAAAGGGCUUAAGGACAACAAAGUCAAGGUAUUGGAGUGGCCAUCACAAAGCCCUAACCUCAAUCCUAUAGAAAAUUUGUGGGCAGAACUGAAAAAGCGUGUGCGAGCAAGGAGGCCUACAAACCUGACUCAGUUACACCAGCUCUGUCAGGAGGAAUGGGCCAAAAUUCACCCAACUUACUGUGGGAUGCUUGUGGAAGGCUACCCGAAACGUUUGACUCAAGUUAAACAUAUUAAAGGCAAUGCUACCAAAUACUAAUUGAGUGUAUGUAAACUUCUGACCCACUGGGAAUGUGAUGAAAGAAAUAAAAGCUGAAAUAAAUAAUUCUCUCUACUAUUAUUCUGACAUUUCACAUUCUUAAAAUAAAGUGUUGAUCCUAACUGACCUAAAACAGGGAAUUUUUACUUGGAUUAAAUGUCAGGAAUUGUGAAAAACUGAGUUUAAAUGUAUUUGGCGAAGGUGUAUGUAAACUUCCGACUUCAACUGUCAAUAAUGGGGGAAGGGGACUAGGCAACAGGAUGUAAGAUCAACACAGGAGCAGCAGCUUGGGUGUGAGUGUGGGUGUUGGAGUAACAAUGUGUGUGAGUGUGUUAGGGCCCUGUGAGUGUGCAAAAAUCUGUAAAAUACAAGGGUCAACUCAGAUAGUUUGUGUAUCUGUUUUGUUAGCUAUUUAGAUAGCUAUUUAGCAGUCUGAUGGCUUGGGGAUAGAAGCUGUUGAAGAGCCUGUUAGUAUCAGACUUGAUGAACUGGUACCUCUUGCCGUGCAGAAACAGAGAGAGCAGUCUAUGGCUUGGGUGGUUGGAGUCUUUAACGACUUUCCGGGCCUUCUUUUCACACAACCUGAUAUAGAGGUCCUGGAUGGCAGGGAGCUCGGCCCCAGUGAUGUACUGAGCUGUCGGCACCACCCUCUGUAGCGCCAUGCAAUCAAGGGUGGUGCUAUUGCCAUAUCAGGCAGUGAUGCAGUCAGUCAAGAUGCAAAUAAUGGUACAGCUGUAGAACUUUUAGAGGAUUUGAGGGGAAAUGCCAAACAUUUUCAACGUCCUGAGGGGAAAGAGGCACUGUUGUGCCUUCUUCACGACUAUGCGUGUGUGUGGACCAUUUUAAGUCGUUAAUGAUUUGGACACCAAGGAACUUGAAGCUCUCGACCCGCUCCACUACAGCACGUUUCCUGUAGUCCAGCUCCUUGGUCAUACUGAAGUUGAGGGAGAGGUUGUUGCUCUGGCAGGUGGUGACAAUGGUGUUGAAUGCUGAGCUCUAGUCCAUUAACAGCAUUCUCACACAUUCCUCUUAUCUACAGUAGGUGGGUGAGGGCAGUGUGGAGUACAAUUGAGAUUGCGUCGUUUAUGAAUCUGUUGGGGCAGUAUGCAAAUUGGAGUGUGUCUAGUGUGUCUGGGAUGGUGGAGUUGAUGUAUGCCAUGACCAGCCUCUCAAAGCACUUCCUGAUUACAGAUGUUAGUGCUACAGGGCUGUAGUCAUUGUAGCAGGUCGCCUCAGACUUCUUGGCAACAGGAAGGAUGGUGGUCAGCUUGAGACGUGGAGAGGUUAAAAGUCGUGUUGACAUCAUGUGCCCCACGUACCUUCAAAACUAUUCAGCAAUCAUCAUUUUUUCGAGAAACACUUGUUGCCAUCAUUUGUCGCAAUAAUAAAGUUACACAAAAUAAAAAUCUACUGAUGUUGAA